AUGUCUGUAAGAGGAGGCAGCGGGUUCGACGACAUGACACGGCCACCCCAUGAUUACACAUACCUCCGCCAAAUCAGUGACUACGACGAAUAUCACUUUAGCUUAUGUGUCCCCAAUCCUGACUUGAGAGAGGCGCGUUCCAAGAUGACUUCAGGUGUCGACGAGGAGUCAGUCAUCGAAAGCCUCCUAAAACGCGUCGUAGGGAUAAAGACAAUCCGGAAGCGCAACUCUACCGCCUACAAUGAUCCCCCAAUAAGUUGCUUGGAACGAGAAGUAAGCACUCUUCUGGAAAUGCGUCCUCAAGGGUCUUCGCGCGGCGGUCGCAAAUACUGUGCGGAUAUGGUAGACCACGAUGACUUCGAAACCGACGACGAGAAGAAGCGAGGUUGGCUCCGCGUGAGGAAGCCAGGUUGGCUGGCCAUUGCAACCACUCCAGUGUGUUGUGAUCUCCUGACACUCGACCACUUCGAUCGUCUGGCAACACUUCCAAAAGCUCUCCUCUGGCUCGCCAUAACACAGCUCUUUGAUGCGAUGUGGUUCCUACAACACGACUGUGAUCCACCCAUCACGCAUGAAAACAUCUGGGAUUACGAUAUACUUAUCAGCUAUCCUUACGAAGACGAGACAAAGAGCGUGGGUACUGUCGCCAAACGCCCCACGUUCACCCUCAUUGGUUUCGGAGAAAAUAUCAUUCAUGAUCUCGAUGAAUCGGAAGAAGAUUAUCUCUCUUACGUAGAGUAUGCACUUGAAGACGAUGUCCAGAAAUUGAAAAAUCAGAUCGAUUGUCUCAUACAGAGGUGCUACGGCUGUGAUCAAAGAUCAAUGGGAAAAUUGAACGUGUGCAGAAAGAUUGAGCUGCGGCAAGAGGCGCCGAAGGAGGUUACUGAGUUUCUGAACGGGAACGCGAAGGACUUGAAGCAGUUUUGGGAUCGGAUUGGGAAAUUCGCUGCCGAACAAUUGGAGAAAGUCACUUCCGAGGAGUGGGAUGAAUUGAAGGACCUGGUCACUGAGGUUGCCGAUAGCAAUGGGAGUUUGAAGACCAUCGUUAAGGACUUGUUGAAGAGUCAGCCCGAAGAGGAGUAA